AUGUCAUCCUUAUUCGUGGCUUUUUGUCUUGCUAAAAAUGUUACUGGAAAUGAUAGUUACAUUACUGGAACUGUAUUAUAUCGAAUAAACAACAAUACUAAUCAAUUUAGAGAAAUUACUUUCAAAGACCAUACCUCUUGUGAAUCUAUAAUCUCUGAAUGUAAAGAUUCAUUAAACUAUGAAAUAUUACCUCAUGAUUAUUCAUUUUCACAAUUUAAAAAUAUAACAAAUUUACCUCGAUCUUUAUACUUACAAGAAGGUGCCCGAGUUAUGUUUUUAAAUAGCAAAUUAUUUGAUAAUGGUAUCUGCAAUUGCACCAUUGGGAUAAUGACUAAGCUCAUAGAUAACGAUAAUAUCAAAGUAACUUUUCCUACAUAUAAAGGA